AAUUAGCAAGUAUUUUGCUCUUUACAAGAACAUUACAAAUUUAGUUUUUAGGUAAUUAUGGGAAGAAGAGAAGAUUUACUGGGUUAAACCCAGCCGCUAAAACCCAGACUAGAGAAGACCAAAUUGACAACCUUAAACCUCACACUGAACAUGCGAAUUGAGAAGCAAGCUUUUGUUUUCACAGCACAAUCGCCACAACCAACAUUUGAAGUACUUGGAGGUUUUUAUAGACCAGCUAUCAAAAUGAUGGGUUUUAAAAUGCAAUAUCUAGCAAGGACUUGUAAGCUUAAAUUUCUGUCCAAGACUAAGACAAUACCGAAAUUUAAGAAGAAAUCGUCAGCCAAGACUCUUUCUAGGAAAAGGAAGCUGCAGGAAUAUAGUCAAACGAAUACAAUUGACGCGGAAGGGGUAAAGUUACCAGAAUCUGCAGCUACUCAUGUAGAAGAUGGGAACAGAAACACAACGGAAUUUGGUCGAUAUGAUGGAACAGAUGAGCUAGAGGAAAAUAUGCCAGAGUCUGCAGCUGCCUAUGAAAAAGAUGUGAAGGAAAGCAUAAUAAGUAGUCAAACUGAUGGAGUAGAUGAGAAAACCGGAAAAUCACUAGAAUUUGUACCUUCCCUUGAAGAAAAUAGGAAUGAAAACAUGCCGAGAUAUGUUACGAAGGGCAAAGAAGAAUCACCGAGGGCACGCCCUACAAAGAAGAGACGAGGGGAACAAUUUUCAGACCCUAGUGACAGUAAUAUUCCAGAGCUUAAAGAAGACAAUGAAGCAUUGCCUGAAUUUGUGGUUUAUGAUGAAGUUACUUCUGAAAAAUCUAACGCAGUUGGUGUAAUGGAGAGUUCUGAAGGACUCAUAGAUGCUUGGGCAGUAGGUGAUCAGAAUGAAUUAGCAGGGAUUAAAAGGAUGUGUCUUCCACAUGCUAAAUUGGCCCCAGAUAGGAUUGUCAUACCUGAUGAUUGGCGUGCGGCAGUAGAGUUCAUUUCAGAGAAUGAGCAGCCUAAGAAAUUUGCAGAUAGGGAUUGCUUUGCUGCUCCUCCGAUUGUUGUAGUCUGUGGAGCGCAAAAUGUUGGGAAGACCACUUUUGCACGUUUUCUCCUCAAUAAUUUGCUAAGAAGGUAUAAGAAAGUUGGCUAUCUAGAUACUGACGUAGGACAGCCUGAGUUUACUCCUCCAGGGUGCCUAUCCCUUCACAUCGUAGAGAAACCGAAUCCUGAUUUGUCAAUUCUGUGUUUGAGAACUCCUGAAAGGUGCCACUUCUAUGGUGACAUUACUCCCAAAAGUAAUCCAGAAAAGUAUCUGCACAUUAUUAUAAACCUUUAUGAACAUUUCCGGAAGGAGUACUAUGAUGCUGAUAUAUCAGAUGAAUCUGAAGCAUUAAAAAGGGUCCAGAUACCUCUUGUUGUAAAUACUCAUGGAUGGGUAAAAGGUCUUGGUUAUAAUGUCCUGGUGGACAUGUUGCGCUACAUGGUGCCUACACAUGUUGUGCAGAUCCGUUUGACUGCAAUCAGCAAAAAUCUUCCAUUGGGAGCUUUCUGGACUUCAGUGAGGGAUGAUGCAAGCUCCACCAAGCUUCUAUAUCUGGGCACACCAAUGAAAGAUACCAUGAAUAAAUCAAUUGUGAUACAAAAACAUGGUCGUCAAAUGCGGGAAUUGCGUAUCAUUGCAUACUUCAGGCAGUGCUUUGGCGAAAGUUCAGAAAGUGUCAAAACAUAUAAAGAGCUUGCUCGUGCCUUGGCUUCUCAUCCUCCUUACCAAGUUGCCAUACAAAGGAUAAAGAUUGUGCAUCUCCACUGUCAGGUACCAGAUAAUGAAAUAUAUUAUAGCUUGAAUGGUACCAUUGUAGGUCUGGCAGUUGGCUCUAAGAACUGCUCAAAUGUAUUUUCUCAACCAGUUUGUGUGGGGCUUGGUAUUGUGAGAGGAAUAGAUAUUUUCAAGGGUUUGUUUCAUGUAAUUACCCCUGUUCCAAUAAGGACUUUGCAGAAUGUGGACAUAUUUUUGCAGGGCUUUAUAGAAAUCCCCACGUCAAUCUUACAGGCACAAGGUCUAACUUAUCCAUACAUGUCAUCCAAUGCGAUAGCAAAAGAAGGUACUGGUGCAGCUAUUAUACAGGGUGGCAAGCAAAGGGAUACAAAAAUGGAUAGGAUUAUUGUUCCACUGUAAAUGUUCUUGUAUUUAUUUUGAAUUUAGUCCAAAUUAUCAAUUUGAGGAAUCUCUUUAAAGCAGCUUGAGCGUAGCAUUCCAAGUUUUUUACUUCCUUAAUGUGCUUGUAAGUGGACUUAAUUUUAAUUUAUAAUAAUUGUUAUCAUUAAUUGUGAA